AUGCACCCUUGCAUGGAGAACUGUUUUUGGGAGAGAUUCCAAUCUCGCCCUGGCCUUCCGUGUAUCAUCCCGUCCCUCCUGACCCAGGAAGUCAACUUAACAGUACUGAACUGUCACGACAGAAAAAGCGAAAAGGAGAUGGUUGGAGAACUGCUGACAGCCAUCCCGACGGAGAUGCCCACGUUGGCUGAGAAUUGCAACUGCCCGAGGAGGUGCAACAUGACCAAGUAUCACAUCUCCGGGGAUCCCACCUCGGCCUGCAGCCAGGAGAUUCAAUCUUUCCGCGGUGCUGGGAGAGCGAUUCUCUUCUUCACUUUCCCUUCAAAACUGGUGAGGCUCAUGUUGGAGGAAUACCAGUCCUUCCCGACAAACACGCUGUACCAAAUGGAUGAUGUUGAAGGCGUCAGUGCUCCUGCAUUUACUGUCUGCCCAAAACCAUCUGUGAAGAGUUCUUUGGCAAACAGAAAAGAUUUGGGAUUCAAUAUGUCCCAGAGUGCAUCCGUUUCUUUGGAAGAAAUAGUCUGGUUUGAAACCCUCCCAUUUCGAAGGCUGCAGAAUAGAUCAAGUGCGAACGGGGAAACCAUCAUUCAGAUUUCAGACGGGAGUGGACAUUGGACCCAACGGACAUUUUAUGGCAAGGGGCUUUUUGGGCCCAAUUUACAGUAUUUCAAGUGCUUUACUCUGUUCCUGAGGAAAUAUAUCCAGACUGGACCAGGAAAAUGUGCAGGACAGAGCUUGAUGUUCAUGUUCACACCAAUCAAGGACGCUCCUGAUCCCCAGUUUGAAGUUUUCAUCCACGAUCAAAGGGAGAAAUACACUUUCUUGGACAUCUUUCGGCCAGAGAAAGUCGUCCUCCUCAAUAACGCCAUUGCCAAUAUAUUCAUUCGUCCUGAGAUGAUCCAGAAGCAGAGCAAGAAGGAGAAUCCUUGUUCCGUGGAUGAAGGCUAUAGCUAUUGCAGGGUGCCGCACUUCUUGGAGAAGGAAAAAACAUCAUUGCUGGACCUCUUGGCCAACAUAGCAGGAAUCGUUGGCAUCUGCCUCGGCGUUUCCUUGAUGUCCAUCUACGACGUCAUCGAGCAAAUUUCCUCACUCAUUCACGAAAAACUGCUGCGCAAAAGUAACAAGGUGCCGCACUUCUUGGAGAAGGAAAAAACAUCAUUGCUGGACCUCUUGGCCAACAUAGCAGGAAUCGUUGGCAUCUGCCUCGGUGUUUCGUUGAUAUCCAUCUACGACGUCAUCGCGCAAAUUUCCUCACUCAUUCACGAAAAACUGCUGCGCAAAAGUAACAAGGUCAUCCAAGAGAGCAAUCCUUAA